CACUGUAAAUUGCUCAAAACAGCAUUUCAUCUCCGCUUUGCAUGAAAAUACAAAAAUUUCUGCGAUAAACAGUCGUAAACAGUGACACGCAAGUGCCUGAAAAGCCUUUAUUUAAAUCGGUUGCAAAAGUGUCACUUUUCGCUAAAGUUAAGGACAAUAAUGAUCUUUUGGUUACCUAAACGUGAUCUUGCCAAAGUUUAUUUAAAUUCAUUAUGUGGCGCUUAAAAGUAGCCUGCUGCAAAAGUUUUUGACUGAUUUUAACAAGGGUUUUCAAAGCUUCCAGACUGUCCAAUGAUGAAUUUACUUUUCUGAUUUUUUAAAAGAACAUUUUUAUCAAAAUUAAAAUAAAAAAUGUUGCUAAUGGUUUGAAGUUGUUGUGUGAUUGAGUUUUAAUCGUGGAAUAACGCCUAAUCGUUUCACAAAAGUGGUUUGAAUUCCGAAGGGCACAUUGUUCACAACGCUGACGCCAGUAUUCAUUUUUCGAAGUGUGGUGCAAUAAUUUUGCUCACCUGAUGUAAAACAAACCCUUUCCGGCAUCUCCCAACAACCUCGUUUAAAGUUGAGAUUGUUUGGUUCCGAGAUCUUCGCUCACUUCCGUGAACCAACAAGUUCCUACUCCUACUUACAGUAUGCAUGUAUAAUCAUUUCAUUUACGUUUUAUAAUUCCGAGACGCGUUAUGGCGGGGAAGUUUAUUUCAAAAUUACGAGGAUUGCCCAAGGCAGCUGUUGAACCGAGUGAAUUGGACAAGAGAAGUUUAAACCCAGUUCUCAAGGCGUUUCUUGAGGGUGUGCAUGAUGAUGACUGUGAUCUGAACAGAUUGAAGGGAAUGUGGCACAUACUGUGUAAGAUUUGGGGCUACAUUACGAGUUUCUGGAAAGAAAAUAUAGUGAUAACAACUAAAAGAGAGGCUAUCCUGCCAGGUGACUUACUGUCGUUUUUAGAUCUCUGUGAUCCUAUUGAUUAUAGGAAGCACCCGUUUAUUUCCUCGUUUGAAAGUGAUAUUUGCUUUCCAAAACCAACAGGGAUUAACAUCAACAUGAUGCCUUUCGUUAUGAAUAAAAAAUUUGAGGAUUGCUGCCUUCCGAGCAAUCUUGAACGUUACUGGUCACUAUUUAUUUCAAGGUGUCUUUUGGAUAAAGAGGAAAAGGGAAAGAUUGGGUAUCUUACUAUACAUGAAAGUGAUGUCAAAGCAAACUGCUCUCAAAGAAGACCUGGUCUUCACACAGAAAGACCAGGCAAACUUAAGGUAAGAAAAUCAAAAGAUCUUGUGGAUGAGGAAACAGAUUCAGGAAGAGGGGAUUCAUUUGUGAAAGAAGAUCAAAUAUACCAUAAUUGGGGUCUAGGGUUGUGGAGGAAAGGUCAUAAUGCAUUUGAGAUAAAAGGUGGAAUAUUCAUGGCCUCAAAUGUUAAAGAUUCUUGUCGCAUUUGGGACUGUCAGAUAAGUGAUGACCGUCUAAUUGGGAAGCUUGGUGACAUUGAGUAUCUUAGAGAAUUCUUACCAAACAGUGAAGUAAUGAAAGAAAAUCAUUUAUAUUGGCUGACUGACCGUACCCCUCAUGAGUCACUAUGCCUAAAAAAAGGAAAAUACAGACAGUACUUUCGUUUGGUUACGAGUCAGGUUUCAAUCUGGUUUGAAGAGCAUUCAACAAAAAAUCCACUUGGUGUUGUCCCUGAUCCAAAGAUUACUAAAAUUGUUGGAGGGUCAAAAUUUGAUGAAGGUAGUUUAUAUUUUGUCAAUGACAUCAACAAAAAUAACAAUGAAAGCAUGGAUGAAAAUUGAUUCAAGUUGUAAGCCAGGGACAUCAUGCUCUGUCCAAUUUGGAUAUUUCUAAAAAGGGUAGUACCAAUAUAUAGUUGAAAAUUCAUCCAAACAAGGCAAGCAAAUAUUCACUUAUCAGGGAAAAGGCUGAUCUCCUUCUUCCUUCCCAUGAUGCUGCUGAUCUUAGCAACAAAAGUUAUUUGAAUGACUUGCUGGUCUUCAUUUUGCAUAUAAGUAUAAUGAAUUUUUAAAAAGCAUGUCAAUUGAAAUUAAUGUUAACUUGUACAUAAUUUGGGAAUGCUGAUUUGAAGUAAUGUGCAAGCAGAGUAAUUAUUUGAAUAAGCCAUUUCAUAAAUCAAUGCUUAAAUUGGGAAAGGGCUAAUUUCUGGUUUAUUCCAAACUUGGUCUUCUUUAUGGGGCCUUUUUGAUAAGCUGAAUAUAUUUCAGAAAUAAUUUUCUUGCAACAUGUGUUUGCUAAAGAGCACUACAAAUGUAGUUUUGAUAAUCAAGUCUAGUUAAUUUUUUUCCCAACCUUAUGAUAAAUUGGUUUGUUUUCAAAAUUGGACAGCACAAUGGUGGGUCGUUUUCCAGAUGUGAGUCAUUUUCAAAACUCAAUGUUAAAGGAAGGCUUAAACAAAAGGGGUUAAUCAAAUUCUUUCAGUAACUUGAAACAAUGUUGCAAAUUUGAUGACCAAACUUUCACCCAGAGUGGCGAGAGUCACGAGGUGUGGUCAAAUCAAGAGGAAGGACCAGGACACUGCUUGAUAAGCACAGCUUCUCAGUGUCCUAAAAACUACUUUAAGAUGCUAAGUAGCAGCAAAUACAAUUACAAAUACAAAAUACAAGUAAUCUUCAUCUUUUGCGUUCAAAUAUCUCACAUUAAGUUAUUCAAAUCUUCUAUCAUUUGAAUGUCUUUGUCAAUAUUAUAUUUCUUCAUUAGGUAUGAUAAUCAGAAGGAGAGAACAACAUUUAUUCACAGUUUGAUCCCGCUUUGAUAUUGUAGAUCAGCUCCUUACCAGUAUAUAUUUUUUUGCAAUGUAACAGCAGGGCUGUCACUAGCUACUGUGCCCAAGGAGGGUGCCCCUAUCCGGUUUGCCAACAAAGUGAGGGAGACAUCCUGUUUUUACAAAACAAAUCUGAAAAUUUGCUGACAAACACCUCUUAAUGGGAAAAUACUUCUUGUGUCCACAACCCUUCACACCUCCCCAAAUCCUACUUGAUCCUCAGAGGUUCUCAGCUGCAACAGUUUUUAUUUAACCUUGUUGUUCAGUGUUCAGAAAAGACAGGGUCCUAAUUUUGAAAACAAUUUUAAGGAGGCUAAUUUCUCCAGUAUGGUUGGGUGAAAAAAGCCACUAUAUAAGGCUGAAUUUGGUUUUUCCUGUUAAUUUACAAUGUGACUCGCUUUCUAAAAUAAAUUUAGGUACAAAAUAAUUUUUGUCCUCAAAAUUUUUUGAGAAAAUUUCAAUGCCCUAGCCACCCUGGAGAAUACAGCCCUGAUGGAGAGUCUCUUACCAACAUAUUGCUAGCUAUCCAAGCUGUUUAUCAUCAUUAUUUCAUGAUUAGAGUACAUGGCUAUAAUAGAAUAUUCUAUAGGCCUACGUUAACCAUUUAAAAUCUAUCUAUGGCAAAAUAUUAUAUGCAGAUUUAGAUAGACAAUUUAAAACCAUUUCAGCAUUUAACCAAGUGUCACUGCAUCUUAUCUUGUGGUCUUUUCCCCAUUCAUUAAUGUGAGUCAGUGCCGUAGGAAAGAUAGAAUUAUUGAGCAGGCUCAAUUGUUUGAAAUCAAUAGAAACAUAAGGGAUUUUUCAUUGGAAGCAAAGGAUUUGUUAUAAUUUAAGACCCCUCCCCCCAGAACUACAGACCCCAAGUAAGCUUUACUUUGCAUUUGUGCUUUCCACAAAUCUCAGAAAGUGCCAUUGCCAUUUUGAGCUUUUUUGCUAGAUUUGUACACUCUUUGUUCUCAUUUUCUUGACCAUUUGGGUUUUCAUUUAAGAUUAUAGAUUGCAUAAUCACAGCUUUGUCUAUCUGAAGGUCUCCUCUAUCCAGGGCCGUCGCGAGGCAAGCCUUGUUGGGGGGGGGGGGUGUGGACUACAAAUUUACCUGAUUAAAAAUUAUUGCCUGAAAUGUUUUAGUUGCUGUCACAAACCUCUGCAAUACAUUUUGUCAGUCUAACUCUGUAUAUAAUAUUCAACUUUGAUUUUUAUAUGAUGAUAACGGAAAUUCCUAAUAGUUUUGUCAAAUCUCUAUAUUGGGACCGGCAAAGGAUAUUUUACUACCCGAGGCGGCACCAAGGUUGCCGCCGAAGGAGGAGAUUUUCGAAUUUUGAUGCUUCUAGUUCCCUGGAAAAUGCACUCCACUCUUUUAAGUAAAUUUUACCAAAGCAAUCCUCAUAAACCUAUUGAAAAUUAUUUUUUCUGCAAACAAAUUGAACAGUAGAUAAAAACAAUUGGUACAAUUUCACCGUUUUCUUGAAAAAUACCAUGUUGUCAGUUACUUCUAAAGCUAGGUAACAAGCAACACUGGUUGUUAAUUUAGAUCCCUCUUUCCAUCUUAGCACGCCUUUUGAAUGUUAAAAAAAAUCUAGAGCUCAUAGUAAAUUACAGUUGAUGUUUCUACCGAGAAACUUUUGGGGAAAUGGAUACAAGGAACAAUUUUAUCUAAAGAGGGCCUGGAUUUUUAGAUCUAGUGCCAACAAGAAGCAUUCAAAUCUUCAAAUCAUUUGUUUGUUUACCUACAUUCAUAUCAAGGAAUAUCAUAUUUAACCAACGGAGUAACUUCCUUUGCUUGAUCCUUUAUCGAUUUCAUGGCAUGAAGGUCUCUGAAUUACCUAAAGCGUUUCUUCCACCAAGCGAGUGUGACACCCUUUCGCCCCUGCCUCUAUAUGUUUCCUUUCUUUUAUUUAUCAAUGUUACUUUAUGAUUUGGUUGUGUCAUUAGCUUUUCAAUAUUCUUAGAAAACUUCUUUACUGUAUGGCACCAGUGCGACCUUGUGUUAGUUUGCUUUUGCUUCUCCAUAAUAUUUGAUAUAUAAUGUCUGAAUUCAAUUUCGGGCAGGCAGUUUAUGUUGAUGACUAUUUCCUACUACACUUUUUUUCUUCUUUAAGAAUGUUGUUUAUAAGAAUAUUGAGGCUCAGAGUCAGCCAAUUUUUCGAAUGUUAUAAGAUUUUAUUGCUCAGCCUCAUAUCGUAUGUUUGAGUCUCACUCUCAGCAGUGGCUUGUUUUGCGAUGUUCAUAACAGAGAAUCGCAUGACGUCUGCAUGACGUCUGUGUUGAUUCUUUACAAGGGCGCGCGAUGUUUCCCUGAAACCAUGCCAGAUUUGAAGAAAAUAAGAACAUUUCAAAGACAAAUCAAAGUUCCUUAAGAAUAUCAAAGCUUAUUAGGACAAAAUUUAUAGUUUUUUAUAAAAAAUUGUAUGGUGUAUACAAACGGUGAUGUAUUUUUUUGUCAUUUUUUUCAAGAAAUUUGAAACAUAUUACUCAUAUUCAGCAUAACUUAUAUGACCCCCGCGUCAUUGAGUGAGGUAGACAGAUUACUUUCAAAUUUAUGAGGCACUGCACUGCUAAGUGAUUUCAAAAGGGGGGGUUAAUUGUAUGCUAAGAAUAAAGAACAUAAGUCUCUUGACAACGGUCCUUACUUAUUCCUGUCAACUGGGAGGAUGAAAGUUCGCUUCGCAAGUCUUCAGGGAUGUGAUUUCGAUGCUGAAGGUUCGAAAAUACUGCCAAAAGGGAGUGUUGAUAUCAAUAAGAAUAGAAGUACAAUUAAGAGUGAUUCAAACAACAUGAUUAUAAAACAUUGACUAUUGAUCGCGUCCUAUCACUAUUGGCCUCAACAGUUGACCAUUCUAAGCAAGCAGAAAGUUCCUGUAAUAAACAGGUUUUUAAGCUACUGUUAGACUCUUGUAAUCUUUGAUACCAGGUAACAGAAACCUAGAAGAAACUGAAAGCUGUAUUUGAACUUUUGGCGAACGUUCUGGCUUCCAUCCCGUGAAACACACAACAAGACGUAUGUUAUUCCAAGUCAGAGUCUGCAUUUCAUUGGCAUUGGAAACAUUAUUUCAGAAGCUUUCUGACUAUACAGAUCAGUUUUACUGCAUUCAAAUGGCACGUCAAGAGAGCACUUCAGAAAUCGCUUUGCGAGCGAUGAUACAUAAUCGUUGGCAGAUUCAAGUUGGCAUAAAUGAACAAUUUUGCCUGUUUUUGAAUCCCAUAUGUAGACACUCUGAGAAAGGGCCACAGCCAGCAAGCUACUGUUACCCCAAUCCAAUAGAUUCAAAUCUGAAAGAAAGCAAUGCUUUACCAGAAUUCAAUGAGUUGAGUAUACAUUACUUUGUUCACUAUAGGAGUUUUGAAGAUUUUUGACAUGACGUAUUUUUACCACAUGAGCAUGGCUGGCCUAAAUCAGAAAAAGCAAAGAUCAGGUGUGGUGCCCCAAGGAACUUUCAUUACACCUUUACGGUUUUGAAUGGAAUACUCGAUACAUUUUCCAAUCUGUAUUUCAAAAUUUUAUUUAUCAUUUGGUUUACUGUUAAAAUUUCUAUCAUGAUUGAAUUAUGUUUUUAAGGCUGCCUGUGAUUAGCCUGCGUGCAAAGUCUACUGUGUUCAACUUGGGCGAAGGUAGGAAGACGAAAACAGUGGAGCCAAAUUAUAAACAGUAGAGUCUGCAGGCCGGCGACAUGCAAUGUACUUACACUUCAUAUAAGCAAAAUCAAAUAUCAUAAAAUAGAAUUGUUGAAUAGUUAUGUUGUAAGUAUUUUAGGUGAAAAGAGGAGACUCCUGCUCUAGAAACGCAUCAAAACUAGAAUAUACUCACAAUAGUCGUUUACGUAAUCCGGCGCAUCAAGUAUCCGUUCAGGCGCUUGAGGAAUAUUUCGACUCUUCGGUUUCUUUGGAUUUGGCGUUAAACUUGAAGAAUAUUGCUGUCUUGCGUUCAAACCUGUAGAUUAAGCAUGCAAUGCAAGAAAUUUUUACUCGAUUUAAACAGCUUCAAAAUGUAUGAAGCAACUAUUAGAAUAGAGCUUUAGCUUUGAACAGUAAAGGCAAUGCACAACUUUGAGUGAGCACCACACUUGCUACUGCUGUGCCUCAAACAUUGCCGACUUGUUUGCAAUAACGGAAAUUGUUGCAAGGUUUACUCCAAUUUUGAUUACAUUCAUUUUUUAUAAGAAACAAAGGCUAUAUGCUGAGUACUCCAGUUUCUUAAUUUUCUGGAAAUUACAAUACUCAUUGUUUCUUGAGAGUUUCUUAAUCAUGAUGUCAUGAAUGAUGUUAUGAAAUGUUUGUGACCUUUUUUUUAACACGUCAAGAGAUUCGCUUCCGUUCUGAUUCUGUAUUUAGAUCUGGUAAGUACAUUUUUACCUCUUGUGUCUUAAGUUCUAGGCCAACAGGGCAAUCAUGUUCUUGGAUUUUACAAAAUUUCGUUGUUCUCAGUUUUAUAACGAUUUUAUAGUUUCUUAAUUUUUUUGUUUCAAGUACUGAAGUUUCUUAUUUUUUUCUGAUUCUACAGUACACCUUUUUUUUAUAAGAAACCCUUUCCAGUACACGCUUUUUUAUCAUCAUUUAGUAACCAAA